CGGAGCAGCAACUCGGCAGUCGGCACUCGACGCCCGCAACGUUACGGCCCCUCGCGCAUACUCAAGCUCCGAAGAGCCGCGUGCUCCGAUUUUUUUCCCCUCGGAUCGUCGCCCAAAAGUCAGGAUUCAAUUUAAAAAAUAAAGGAAAAACAGUGCCUACCAGUGUCCGGGGUGUGUGUGCGUGCGUAAAGUGGAUUGUUUUCUACCGGGAAUAAGGCGCCUCGAUCGUACGGAGGCAUAGAUCGAAGAAUCGCGAUCUCGAUCGCCAGCUCGCUCUCCUUUCCUAGAUCCCGGGGGGCGAGCGUCGCUGUAUACACAACACGCGCGCAUAUACUGUCUUUCUGCUACAACAGUGCAAAUCUGUAUACGACAGCCGUAGUGUGUGAUACCGAGCGUAUAUAACGCGUGCCGAAAAACCGCGCAAGAGAGGUAGAGGUGAAAGUGCGAGUGCCGAAUAGGAAUUCUUUUUAGUCGGAAGAAGAAAAGAAGCGGAGGAGGAGAGAAAGUUUCGCACUGCGCGCGCCGGAUUUCAAAAUUCCCGCGCGCGCGCGCGCGCAUCUGCCAAUUUGUAGAGUUGUGAUAAUAUAAGCUAUAGAGAGAGCUGUGUGUACACGUACACGAUGUAAGUACUGUGUGUCGGUGCGAUAGACGAGUCGGCGGUGAUAAUAGAUACACAGGAGAGAGAGGGAGAGAGAGAGAGAGAGAACUGGAUAGGAGUUUGACGUUUCUGCAGCGCCGCCGGGGACAAGAGCUCGGUGUGUCUGUACACAGUGGGCCGUUGGCUCUCCGGAUACCGUGGGAUUUGCGAGUCGCUGCGCUGUACAGUGAGGAUAUCACCAUCGAGACGCUGCUGCCCGACUCGGAUUGUCAGUGAUUCCAAUGGUGAGUGCACGCGUCGAUCGACUUUCGUCCGGUGAAUAUUAUUCCGAGAGCGACGCUUUUACAGACGCAACAAGUGCAUCAGCAUCAGUGAUGCAGCAGUCGUCGAAGGACAGGUGACGCGCGAGAGGCAACCUCGAGACCAGGAACACACGAAGCACCUUGACAAGCCCGUGAAGACAGCAGGAUAACCCGAAGCUCUCCGCAUCCCAGGAUGUCGUGCAAGAGGUCGUCGAUCCUCAGCCUCGCGAUCUUCCUGAUCGCUCUGUCGACCGGCUUCUGCAGGUCCACCGCUGAUGGGUUCGGCUCAGCCUCCGACGCUUUCUCAUCCUCGCAGCCGAGGAAGACGCUAGACCAGGAGAUCGGUUCGCCCUCGGAGCUGGCCUGGCAGGCCUGGCUCCUGGUGGAGAACAAGCACGGCGGCCAGUCGCCCCUGGACUCGUCCAACAUCCUUCGCAGGAUCACGCCGAAGAGCAUCUUCAUAGCUCCCGAGUUGGUCGCCUGUCCCAGCGGUUACUCGUCCGACGGCAAGGGGGUCUGCAAGCCGGACCCCAUCAAGAUCGACGAGGACGCGCAGCGCCAGUUCUUCCUCAAGCGACUGAACGCCCUCUACGGCAAGUUCGGCAACAACAGGAAGAAGCCCGAGGCGCAGGGACCGCUGCAGAUCAACAUACCGAUCUCCCUGCCCCCGAAACCGGAGCCCCAGCCCCAGCCACCGCAGCAGCCGGAACAGAAGCCGCCGGUGGUCACGGAAAAUCGGCUGGCCAUACCGGUCGUAAUAUCGCAGCAGCCACCGGUGCGGGAGAACCAGGAGGCCGUGGCCGUGGUCGUGUACAAGGUGGCCAACGACACGAAGAAGCCCGACGAGGAGAAACCCAGCACCACCGCCUUCUUCCUCGGGUACUCCAAUUCCUCGGAUCCCAAGAAGGACCCUGCGCAGACCGGCCAGGUGGUCCAGGUGGCCGAGAUCGUCGACGACAUGAACGAGACCUUCUCCGGCGUGGUCGACUACAAGAUACCGAUCAGCCUCAAACCGAUCUUCAACCGAUCGGACGACGAGGCGAAGACGACCGGCGACGCUGGCCUGGACGAUCGUCAGACGGAGAAGAAGGUCGAGGGGCAGGAUUCCUCGGAGGACUCGUCCCCCACAGUGGUGUUGCUCCUGUCCCCGACCAAGCAGCCCGGCGUCAGGUCGACCACCGAGAGGGAGAUGGAAACCGAGGCUACGGACGACGACCGGGAGUCCGAGACCGCCGCGACGGUCCAGACGACGGAUGACGACCGGCGAACCGACACGACGAUACAGACCGUCGCUCCCCUGGACGGAAGCAGCACUUUGAGAAGCACCAGCACCGAGAGGAGCUUCGCGCAGGACGACGAGACGGUUUACGCCGACGAGGAGAGCCAGACCCAGGACUCCGAGGACCACGAGGACUACGACGACACGACGGCCGAGGACGAGUUCGCCGAAGGCGAGGACGAGCUGCUCAAGCCCGGCGAGGCUGGCAUGAUGAUUCCGAGCAAGAACCAGGAGCUGGUCAGGUCCAAGACGCAGAAGCAUCAGCCUUCGACGCUGCCGGAUGAACCCGCGUCGACGACCUUCGUUGACGCCACCACGAUCACGACCUUCCCCACGGACUCGUUCGAGAGCACCUUCAAGACCGGCGCGACCGAGGAGCUGCCCAGCACCCACACGACCGAGAUCCCCACCACGAUCGUCACCACCACCGAGUCCAGUGUCAGGGAGACUACGCUGUACGUCACCACUCCGCUGAGGGUCAAGAUACCGAUCAAGACCACGCAGCCCACGCCGGCGCCCGCGACGACCAUCAGCGACGAGAUCAGGGUCGACGAGACCCUCGAGACCGAGAGGGACCUGGUGACCGAGCCGGAGGUGAUCUUCUCGACGCAGCAGAACAACUACGGCCGCAAGCGACCGAUGCACCCUAUCCGAGUGGCCGAGACGCAGGCCUACACCUCGGGACUCUUCGAGGAGCCGAUUACGCGAACGGAGCUGCCCCCGGUGACGGUCGACUUCCACCGGCGGCAGAAGCCCACGAUGACCGUGAACAACGAGCCGAUCCUCUUCAAGAACGACGGCGACAUCCCGUCAGACUUCAAGGACCAGAUGGCCGAGUCCUCCAAGCCGUCCGCCCAGGACUUCAAGCGGGUAAUUCCCAGCUUCGGCAGCGGCAACGACGAGCCGUCGUCAUCGACCUACGUGAGGUUCCCGGAACAGACCCCCGCGUCCAGAUCCCAGUUCGGCUACGUGAGGUUCCCCUCGGACGACGUCAACAGCAUCCACAGUCCCGAGGGCUACAAGGACCACCUGCUCUCGCCGUACCGAUCUCGCGACGGCGACUACUCGGCGACGAGCACCAAGUCCAGCGUCCCGGCCCGGCAGAAGUCACCCUCGACGAACUGGCGUCUGCCGCCCCCGGGUGUCCGGAUGGACCGCCAGCAGCAGCAGCAGCAGCAGCAGCGCCAGCAGAAGCAGAAGCCGAUGCUGCUGAGGUUCUGGGCCCGCAUGCCUCUGGUCCGCGACCUGAGCUUCUACCCGACGACGAGUCACGGCUCGCACAACGAGCCGAUCGGAGGCGGCGAACCUGAGACUGCUCGACUCAACAGCAGGUUCUCCACAGCCCAGCCCAGGCGAGUCAACUACUACAAGGAGAUGUCGUCGCACGACGUCAACAGGCUUCUGGCCCAGCAGCUGGGCCAGCCGGCGAUCGGCGGUUAAACGCUCGAGACCGUUUACAGGAUCGCCCCGCGAAUUAUAACAUAUUGUAUUAAGAAUAAUACUCGGAACAGUACGUGCCAAAUAGUAAGCUUUGCGCCGAGACAGAGAGAGAGAGAGAGAGAGUGAAAGGCAGAAGGGAAGGAUUCAGCGUGUCGGUAGAGAGCUACGAUAGCCGUAGCGACGAUUUUACGCCGAUUGACGAAAGAUCCGCGAAGACGGUAGGUUUUCUAUACACACUCGCCAGCGUAGUACGUUCCACAUCGGGCUAACGUACGAUCGAGAGCCGAGCGGUACACACAUACACACACACACACACACAACACACACGACCUCGCCGUGUUAUACUCUCCCGUUUUUCCCUCAUCAUUUCUUUCUUUCGCUUUUUUCUUUUACACUCGACCUUCAAUGAAGUGGACCGGUUCUCUCUUCUUAUCGAUUCUUCGCGGAGAGUCGCUGGUGUACACGCGCACGCGAACGUGUGUGUCUAUCGUUCAGGAGAGAGAGAGAGAGAGAGAGAGAAAGCGUAGGAAAGUGUCUCGAGCGAGUUGCACAAUGCAUCUGUCUGUGACGCGCGCCAGGGAAUGCGGAUGUCCUUCCGCGCACGUAUAUUACGUUACAUACUUGCGCGAGUCUAACGUAAUAACGUUCGCUGCUAUGCUACGAUUAUACGUUCUUCAGCGCGGAAUCUCUUAUAAUUGUAUAUUAUUUAAAUCUCGUUGUUUUCGCGAGCGAGUCGUGGAUAUUGUUAUGGUAUGUAAAUAUUCGAGUAGAUGUGGCAGUGCUUUUUCCGGGAAGCGGAGACUCGACCGGAAUUUCGAGUGGAAAUUCGUUGGCCGAAGCCUCCUCUCCGAUAUGUAUUUCUUUCUUUCUUGCUAUAUUUAAUCACAGGGAGAGGAAGCGUCGAAAUUCGAUUGUUCGUCUUAUUUUGUUCGAUUUUGAAGGCUUCAAUCUUGAAUAAGAUCGAUUCAAUCGCGAUUAUCACAAGCGCACAACUAUUCGCAUCUCGUAAUACUCACUGGAGGAAAGCUUUUCUACGCGCUUUCUCAACGAUGAUUGAAAAAUUCAGCGAAUUUAUCGAAUCGAUGAGUUUUACCGAGCCCGACGGGGGAGGGGAACACUUUUCCAUGCAUUUUUUAUGCUAAAUACACUUGCUAUGCGAUGAAUCGUCGUCGUUUUUACUAAUCGCAAAAAUAUCCGAUUAAUCAUUGUACGCGCUCUUCCGAAUUUUGUAAAAUAUACACGUAUAGAGAGCAUAAUGUAUUAUCCCAUAACAUUUAACUUUAGGAUAUAUUAUAUAUUGUAAAAGCAAAAAGUCAUAUCGCUGUUGCGUGGUAACAUCGAGAUAUUGUUACUCUUUAAAUAAUUCUAGAAAGUCGAAUCUUCGUAUACGUCGGUGUGUGCGUGUGUAUGUCUGUUGUUUCCUUAUCCAAUUUUUGCAUUAUAAAAGAAUUGUUGUCUAUUAAACGUAUAGAAUUAUUAUUAUUAUUAUUAUACACAAAGGCGAAGUAUAUAAAUAUAUUAUAUAUAUAUAUAUAUAUAUUAUAUUAAUAUUAUAGAUGAAGAAAUACCGACUUGAGAUUAGUCAAAACCGUAUUAUUAAAGAAAAAAUAAUAAUAAUAAUAAAUGACGUCCUCAUCGACGCACUUUUUUACACUCGCAUAAUAAUUGUAAACGAUACUCAUACAUAAUGGAAGGAAAAAUGCGUAUAUCAGAAUAGAAAUGCCGAAUGUAAGUCGAUCCGCUCGCGCGCGUCGAUCGAUCCGUUUUGUUAUAAGCCUAACACACAAACGCAUUUAAAAAAAACUGUUGUUAUACAUAAAAGUAGAGAGAUAGAAGCUGUUUAGUGAAAUCUAAUUAAAAAAUCAAAAUUUUGCGACCUAGGUAUAAAUAUUAUAUAUUCGAGAGAAUUAAGGCGAAGCACUUACACAGGACGAUGUUUGCACGCAUUUCAUGGAAAAUUUUUCAGAUCGAGUCUCCAACGCUAUUAAAUAACGGUACAUCAAGUAUAGCUGUACCUAUAUAUUGUAGGAAAAGUUAAUCGUACGAUAUAAAAAUUAUACGGAAAUCCACGUAUGAGCGUCCGCGAAGCUCUCGUACGAGCUCAAGGCAGAAGCGAACCGAUUACGAUAUAUCCGAGUAUACUUUAUGUUCCGAUGAAAGUUUAAACAUAAAAAUUAUGUAAUAUAAUUUUUGCGUUCGAUAAUCAUGUUUUUAGUUGUAUAGCUGAUGCGUAAGGCUCAAAUUGUACAUACAUAUAUUCUUUGUUAAUUUAAAUUUUUUUUUCGCUGUGUGUCUAUCUAUAAUAAACGAAACACAUAUGAUUUUGACAAGGCGAAUAAUGAAAAUUUAUCUUAUUCUACCGGUAUUCGGUAAUUGGGGACAUUUCGACUUGAGCGCGAGAGACAGGUGAAUAAUAUAUCAGUAUAUAAUGCGCAUACGCACAUGAGCAAGAGGCGAGAUUAUAUUUAAUAUUUGACAUUGCGGCCAGUAAACGUGUACUCUGCAUCUCUUUAUAUUAAUUUUCUUCUCGAUGUGCUGUGUUAUGUCUCAACGUAUGAAUGUCAAUUCGUGUAAAUAUUAAUUAAUUUUAUUAUCUAUAUACCAAUAGGAUGAUGAUGAUGUGAGAGGGCGAUGCAUAAACGCGCAGAUUGUAUAUAUACAGCGUAACGAUAUAAGUGUUAACUCUAUCGUAAAGAUGUAUUAAAUGUAACUGUAUUAAACAUUAUUGUAUUAUUUAUAGCGAAAUAUAUAUUGAUGUAUAUUGCGUAAAAAA